GCAUUCAAGAAGUCUUGAUCAUCCCACGACACUCGACCCAUACGCAGGAUUCUUACCUCUUUGCGUACUCAUUCCCCCCCUCAAAUCCAUCAAAAUGGCUCCUCAAGCAGCGACCAAGAAGGGCACCAAGGGUCCCAAGUCCACCAAGAAGUUCAUCAUUGAUGCUUCUCAGCCCGCCAACGACAAGAUCUUCGAUGUCGCUGCCUUCGAGAAGUUCCUCCAGGACCGCAUCAAGGUUGAGGGCCGUGUCAACAACCUCGGAGACAACAUUACCAUCUCUUCCUCUGCCGACGGCAAGGUCGAGAUUGUCUCCCACAACGACCUCUCUGGCCGCUACCUCAAGUACCUGACCAAGAAGUUCCUCAAGAAGCAGCAGCUUCGUGACUGGCUCCGCGUCGUUGCCACCUCCAAGGGUGUCUACACGCUCAAGUUCUACAACGUCGUCAACGACGAGGCUGAGGACGAUGACGAGUAAAUGUUCACGACGAAAUGCGCUUCAUGAUUCUUCGGACAACAGUCAGGGAAAAAAGAGUGCUUGGAGGGGCGAGCAUGAGGUGCGGCAGGAUACCUUUAAAAACCAAAUCAAAAGCUAGCACCUUCGCGUGCGCUUGACCUGCC